AGUGGAGGGUAUUGUGAUAACCGUCACUGUAGCCGAGCAGGCUUUGCGCUCGUUCAGCGUACGGUGCGGUGACGCGUUAUUUGUGGCGGUGCUGCGCGCUAACAAUUGUUGUUUCUCACCCAAGCCGCACAUGACGUCACCAGGGCGCGCUCCCGAGGCCGCCGCCCCCGCCAGGCGCGUCACCUGUGUCUGCGCGGACGCGCGUGUGUGCUCCGCUCGUGUGGCCGGCUGUGUCUCCGCUGUCAGUCGUCGCUCCCGGGAGCUGUGUGCUGCUACACGCCGCGGAUAGAGAGGCAACAGGGGGGUACACCGGACACCUUCAUCCCCCACCCCCGACCCCUGGACAUGCAGCCGCCCCCGCCCAGGCUGAGGAGCAGCAGGAGGAGGAGAUGAGGCUCCGCAAUGGCACUUUCUUGACUCUGCUCGCCUUCUGCUUCUGCAUCUUUCUCUCCCUGUCCUGGUACACGGCAUUCAGCGGGCAGAAAGGGGAUGUGGUGGAUGUAUAUCAGAGGGAGUUCCUGGCCCUCAGGGAUCGAUUACACGCUGCCGAACAGGAGAACCUGAAACGUUCCAAGGAACUCAACCUGGUUCUAGAUGAAAUCAAAAGGGCCAUAUCCGAAAAACAAGCCUUACGAGACAUCAACCGGACAUGGAGCAGCUUAUCUGAUGAAACCAAGCUGAAACUGUGGAAUAUCACGAACAAGAAUGUGCUACAUUUACCCACCAUCUUCCACCACCUACCCCAUCUUCUGUCCAAGGAGAACAGCCUACAGCCAGCAAUACAUGUGGGUCAAGGAAGGACUGGAGUAUCUAUAGUAAUGGGGAUUCCCAGCGUGAAGAGAGAAGUUCACUCCUACCUGACGGACACCCUCAACUCAUUGAUAUCAGAACUGAACCCACAAGAAAAGGAAGACUGUGUGAUUGUGGUUCUAAUCGCUGAGAGUGAUGCGCAGUAUGCGACCACAGUUGCUGACAACAUAAAAAGCCUGUUCCCAAAUGAAAUCCAGUCAGGCCUUCUAGAAGUUAUAUCUCCAUCACCCCAUUUUUACCCAGAUUUCUCCCGGCUACGAGAAUCUUUUGGAGACCCCAGAGAACGUGUGAGGUGGAGGACGAAACAAAAUCUGGAUUAUUGUUUCUUAAUGAUGUACGCUCAGUCAAAGGGCACGUACUAUGUGCAGCUGGAGGAUGAUAUUGUGGCCAAACCUAACUAUCUCAGCACAAUGAAGAACUUUGCCCUUCAACAGCCCUCUGAGGAGUGGAUGAUUCUUGAAUUCUCCCAACUUGGCUUCAUUGGAAAGCUCUUCAAGUCUCUGGACCUCAGCUUGAUUGUCGAGUUUAUCCUCAUGUUUUACAAAGACAAGCCUAUCGACUGGCUGCUGGACCACAUCCUGUGGGUGAAAGUAUGCAAUCCAGAGAAGGAUGCUAAGCAUUGCGAUAGACAGAAGGCAAAUCUGAGGAUUCGCUUCAAACCUUCUCUGUUUCAGCAUGUAGGGACCCACUCUUCUCUGGCAGGAAAAAUACAGAAAUUAAAGGACAAAGACUUUGGUAAACAAGCUCUCCGUAAAGAACAUGUGAAUCCAGCCGCUGAAGUCAGCACCAGCUUAAAAACUUACCAACAUUUUACCUUGGAGAAAGCUUACCUGAGAGAAGAUUUCUUUUGGGCAUUCACACCAACUGCAGGAGACUUUGUACGCUUUAGGUUCUUCAAACCUUUACGGGUUGAAAGGUAUUUUUUCCGGAGUGGGAACAUAGAGCACCCUGAAGAUAAGCUUUAUAACACCACCGUAGAGAUCCUGCCUUUUGAUAGUCUCCAGUCAGACAAAGAAGCUUUACAUGAAGGACGGGGUAAACCUUCUAAAUACCAUCGUACACCUGAUGGAUACUUUCAAAUAGGGUCAUUCAAUAAAGGAAUAGCUGAAGGAGAAGUGGAUUCUUCAUUUGGGCCACUAGAGGCGCUGCGUCUCUGUAUUCAGACAGAUUCUCCAGUGUGGGUCAUUUUAAGUGAGAUAUUUAUUAAGAAAGCUGACUGAUCAAUGGACCAAGCUGUCAAACAAUUGGGCUCCUUGAACUUUUUUGUGCUGCUCUGCCCUUGCGCCUCCCCUGUAGUUCUGCUAUCACGGGAGCACUGCUUACGGUCAGUUUCGGACAGAAGCAGAUACAUUUUCCAAAUUAUCCCACAAGUGCAACUGGAGAAGAGCUAAGGUGGUGCUCAACCACUCAGGACUCCCAGAAUGCUCUGCUGCUCAUGAAGAGGAACCCGUCUUUAGCCAGGCCACUUGCUUACCACAUGGUGACGAGAGACCAAAAGGAGCCUUUGCAGGUGGCCCAUUUCUGCCCAGUCCUUGGGGGCUGAAUUUCUAAAACAGUUGUCCUCUAUGGAAAGCACAAUAUUAGUAAAUGAUGGACACCAAAGCAUUGCUUUCUGCAUUGGAUGUACGUGUCGAUGUGUACUCAUGUGCCGAUGGAUUUAGAAGGGGUAUAUACACAUACUACAUAAUGCCUAAUUUCUCCAUUACCAACUCCUUUGGUGGUGCCUUUGGUGGUGCCUUAUUGGGCUCUCUCAAAGUUGAAUUUUUUUAUAUAUAUAUAUAUAACCUUGGUAAAAUUGUUGACUACUCUUCUUUUUUUUUUUUUGUUGUCUGUUUGUUUUCCUUUUUGUUCUGCGCUACUAUAGAGAGUGUGGUCUUGUCGAAUAAAUAUGGCAUUAGAUUUAAAGUACAUUUUAGGGGUUGCCCCUUGUACCUGGUUUAUAGGUAAAGGAAACAACCGGGUCUCUUAGAUGCAUAUUAUACAGGUAGCUUCAUAUUCAAUAUGGUGCCUGUAUAGGAUGCGUCCAAGAAGAAGGCUUUGUGGCCAGUAAUAUUAUAAACCCUUAUAAGCUAUAACCAACUCCACCAAAAAAAUCUCAUUUGUAAUACACUAUAAACAACCCUUGAGUAGUCUGAUCCUGCAGGCAUAGGCCGUGUUCACAUUCACAAGAAAUUCCACUCAGACCUUCUGCUGCAGCAGCGUCCCAUUGAUCUCAAUAGAAUUCUGCUGCACUGUGCACACGGCGGAAUUUCGUCUUUGAGAUGGCGCCUCUCCGAGCGAUCCUAGCGCCCGUCGGAUCAAUGAAAUGUGCUGAAUGUCUACCGGUGUUCUCUGGGAGGACAUUCCGGACUGAAUCGGACAUGUGAACAUAGUGCCAACCAAAUACUGUACAUGGUAUUAAAUAAGAGGCGGUGGGAUGGAAGUGCCCAUAAUUGCUGGGUCAGACUUCACAAAAUUUGUAGUCUGUUACCAUGGAAACUCAUAUCUCCAUAGGAGUUGUAGACGCACAAUGGUCUAAUUGUAAAGAUCCUUCUUUUUUUUAAAUUUAUUUUAGAUACAUUGGAACAAUAAAUAUAAAAUAGAUGGCAAAUAUGGCCAAAGCCUUUAGGGCGCUGGGCAGGUGGCUCCCCAGCUAUUGAAAAACUACAACUCCCAGAAUGUACUCAGAGUUAUAGCUUUGCAGCAGCCAGAGAGGCACAUGAUGGAGACCACUGCCCCUCCCAGCUGUCGCAAAAAUACAAGUCAGCCGCACGAUGGGAGUAGUAGUUUGGUAACAGAUGGAGAGACACCGGUUGGGUAACACUGGUUUAGGGAAUCCAGUACAUGUGCAGUGUGUUGUAUACAAUAUAGUAGCUGCUUGAGUGGCCUUUGUAUGGUGUGUAGCGGGGAACAUCUCCUUUAGAGAUGAGCGAACUUACAGUAAAUUUGAUUAGUCACGAACUUCUCGGCUCAGCAGUUGAUGACUU